AUGUGCUGCCAAGCCGGGGGCGGCGAGGUCCCCUCCCGGGGCGGUGAGCGGCAGGUAGGCGCCGCCCCCGGGGCUCGGGAGGUGCUGCUAGAUGCCGGGGGCGGCGAGGUCUCCUCCCGGGGCGGUGCCGGGGGCGGCGAGGUCUCCUCCCGGGGCGGUGAGCGGCAGGUAGGCGCCGCCCCCGGGGCUCGGGAGGUGCUGCUAGGUGCCGGUGGCGGCGAGGUCUCCUCCCGGAGCGGUGAGCGGCAGGUAGGCGCCGCCCCCGGGGCUCGGGAGGUGCUGCUAGGUGCCGGGGGCGGCGUGGUCUCCUCCCGGAGCGGUGAGCGGCAGGUAGACGCCACCCCCGGGGCUCGGGAGGUGCUGCUAGGUGCCGGGGGCGGCGAGGUCUCCUCCCGGAGCGGUGAGCGGCAGGUAGACGCCACCCCCGGGGCUCGGGAGGUGCUGCUAGGUGCCGGGGGCGGCGAGGUCUCCUCCCGGAGCGGUGCCGGGGGCGGCGAGGUCUCCUCCCGGGGCGGUGAGCGGCAGGUAGGCGCCGCCCCCGGGGCUCGGGAGGUGCUGCUAGGUGCCGGGGGCGGCGAGGUCUCCUCCCGGAGCGGUGAGCGGCAGGUAGACGCCGCCCCCGGGGCUCGGGAGGUGCUGCUAGGUGCCGGGGGCGGCGAGGUCCCCUCCCGGGGCGGUGAGCGGCAGGUGCCGGGGGCGGCGAGGUCUCCUCCCGGAGCGGUGAGCGGCAGGUAG